CAGUGGACUUACUGACAUGUCUUCCCCUCUCCCUAACAAAGCCUGUCCUUUCCUUCCCAACCUUUUUCUUCUCUUUUUUCCUUACUAUUUUUACUUUCUGAUACUGUUCCUCCCCACAAGUAAGGUAAAGAAAAGUACUAGUAAAAAAGGAAAGACUGUAGAAAGUUACCAUACUUUUAGUACUAAGUACCAAUAUCUACACACUAUUACAUCAGCAUUGCUGGUUAUCUUCUACCAAGAUUGGUAAUAAUAAAAGCCACUCUUUUUUUUUGAAUAUGAGCGUAACAUUUGUCUUGUUUUUUAUUAUUAUAUUUUGUCUUGAGAAGUUAGAUUUUGUAAUCAUAAGUAUGUUAAAUGGCAGUAAAGUUUUCUUUGUUUAUUUAUUUAUUUUUUUGUUUCUGAUAAUCAGUCAUCUUCAUAAGAAAUUAAAAAAGGGGUUGGGAUGCCAACUAAGAGGUUGCCUUGCACCUCUUCCAUGACUUCCCUUUUACUGUUUGUUAGGCAUUUCCUCAUCACCUACCACUGAUAACUCCAUAUUUCCUUUCUUUCUCUAUCAUAUUACUAUUCUACAAAAAGAAAAAGAAAGAUCAUAAACAUUACUAUUACCAUUCUAUGUAUCUUUAUUCUCUUUGCAAAUUCAGUCCUUUUGUUGUUGUCAUUUGGUUUAUUGUGAAGGGGGGCAGGUGGUGGUCUAAGAAAGCAUCAUCUCAGCUUAGAUUUGGACUUGAAAUCUCUCAAUGUUGUGAAGACUCAGAUACAAGAUUGUCCUAUUAGUUUUCCUAUUUAAAUUGUGUAUUGGGUGUUCUUGGGAUUUGGUCAUAUUGACAUUGGCUAUUUUUGGGUUUUCUUGGUCAAGAUCUGUGGGGAUUGGCUCUGGUUCAUCUUUUAAGGAAGAGAAUGAUGAUGGGGUUCUUGAGAUCUGGGCACUGAAGAUUUGGUUUUGAGUAUAUCUCAGGAAGGUCUAUUGACAUCCUAGAAGAUGGCUAGUCUAAAGGAUGAAUUAUCCAAGAAAACUGGUGUUUUUGGUCUCAAGGUCUGGCAAUUGAUUGGAAUCUUUGUUGGGAUUUUCAUAGUGGUCAUCCUAUUAUUGUUAACAUUUUAUCUCACGUUACGGAGGAAGUCAAGAAGAGCUCCAGACAAUCUCCCUGUUAGCCAAAUACCUACAGUUUCUAAGGAAAUUAAAGAAGUUCGGGUUGAGCAAGUAUCAACAAAUGAUUUUUCUCCGCGGGACGGAAUUCUUCUCACCAUUCAUGACAAAACAAGUGAUAAAGAAUCAGACAAGGUUCUGGUUCAUCUUGGAAUGGGGAAAAAGAAUGGAGAUAACAGCAGUCAAUCAGGUUCCUUCCAUCAUGUUGACAAGGAUUGUUGUGGGUCACAAUCAGGAGAAGAAGGGAGUUCAUGCAAAAAUGCAUUGUAUAAAACUUACAAUUCACAUCCAAUUACUGCUCCUUCUCCUCUAACCGGAUUACCUGAGUUUUCUCACUUGGGUUGGGGCCACUGGUUUACAUUGAGAGAUCUUGAGCUUGCAACAGGCCGGUUCUCAAAGGAGAAUAUUCUUGGUGAGGGUGGAUAUGGCAUUGUCUACCGGGGAACUUUGAUUAAUGGAACACCGGUAGCUAUUAAGAAGCUCCUCAACAAUCUAGGUCAAGCAGAGAAAGAGUUCCAAGUGGAGGUUGAAGCCAUUGGCCACGUGCGCCACAAAAAUUUGGUUCGCCUUCUAGGGUACUGCAUUGAAGGAACUCACAGGAUGUUGGUUUACGAGUAUGUCAACAAUGGCAAUUUGGAACAGUGGCUUCAUGGAGCCAUGCGACACCAUGGUUAUCUCACUUGGGAAGCUAGGAUGAAGGUUCUUCUUGGGACAGCUAAAGCUCUUGCCUAUUUGCAUGAGAACAUUGAGCCCAAGGUUGUUCAUCGAGACAUAAAAUCAAGUAACAUAUUGAUUGAUGAUGACUUCAAUGCUAAGGUCUCUGAUUUUGGUCUGGCCAAACUGCUUGGUGCUGGUAAAAGUCAUAUCACAACUCGAGUCAUGGGUACUUUUGGGUAUGUGGCUCCUGAAUAUGCAAAUACUGGUCUCUUAAAUGAAAAAAGUGAUGUUUAUAGCUUUGGGGUAGUGUUGUUAGAAUCAAUCACAGGAAGAGAUCCCGUGGACUAUGGCCGUCCUGCCCAAGAGGUGAAUCUUGUUGAUUGGUUGAAAAUGAUGGUUGGAAGCCGGCGCUCUGAGGAAGUAGUAGAUCCAAAUAUUGAAAUACGACCACCAACAAGAGCUCUCAAAAGAGCCCUUCUGACUGCUUUGAGAUGCGUUGAUCCAGAUUCUGACAAGAGACCAAAGAUGAGCCAAGUUGUUCGUAUGCUUGAAUCAGAGGAAUAUCCCAUACCAAGAGAGGAUCGAAGGCAACGAAGAUCUCAAGCAGGUAACGGGGAGAGUGAUUCUCAAAACUACGACACUGACAAGAGCGACAACCCAGAUCCAAGGUCAGAAAGUAGAAGGAACCAUCAAAUAUAAGAGUCUUUAGACAGCUUUCUGGUCGUCUAUGAGAUGCGUGCUACUUACAAAGCUUUCACCAUAAUGAAAGUCUUCUGGAUCAACUGAGUAGGCGGAUGGACUCUUUCUGGUGGUAUAUUGUUGGUCAGAGAUUGACUACUUUUCUCUCCCCUUUUGGGGUUCUAUUCUUUCUUAAUAUCUUUUAUUUGUACCUUGUUUUUUUGGUUCCUUCCUUGUAUCAAAGUAGAUAGAGAGUUCAUUGUUUUGUGGACUUGAUGGUCUUGUGACUAAACUGGAAACAAUCGGGGUGGGGGGUGGGGUGUUUGUGUACAGAAAAAUUUCUUGCUUCGGUAUUCAACAUAAUUUAUGUAGUAUUGUAAUUUAUUUUCUUCACAAUGAAUACUGUGGUUCAAAUCCUAGCAGAAACAAAUCAUGCAGUGAUUUAUUUUCA